UAAAAUGGAGAGGCGAGUGAUUUAAGCACGUGAAUAAAAAUAUAAUUAAAAACUUUGAAUUUAAAAAUAUGUGAAAUUAGAUUAAGUAAACAUGUAUAGAUUGCUAAAAUUAAGCAGAACAACUUUAAAUACUUGUCCUAGCAACGUUAGUAGAAUGACCGGUUUAAGUGUUUCGGAAAAAACGUGCCUGUUAUGUAAACAGUUAAAUAAUGGUUCUAAUCAUGUAAGAAGUCAGUCUACUAUCAUGAAUCCAAAUAUAACAACCAGAAAGAAAGUUAAAAGGAGAAAAUAUAUGAAAAAAUAUGCUGAGCUUGUUGUAGUGACCGAUAAGUCGUCGUCACAACAUAAGGCAACAGUACAGAAACUUACAUCGACUGAUAUCAAAUUAUUGGCCAUGACCAACCUUAAUUUAAGCGAACUAUACAAGUUGAAAGAAUUGUCUAAAAACACAAAUUAUUUAGAGCAACAUACGUACAAUAAUUUAAAUGUUGUAGAAAAUAUUCCCAGUACUAGCAAUAGUUCUAACGUUGAUGAUUUCAGUAUUUUAAAUGUCAAAGCUGAAGAAAAAGUAUUAUUGUGUAGCAUACCAAGUUCUAUUCCCCCUGCAGUCAGUGACGAAUGUACAGAAUUUGUAGACCCAACGAUAGAAAAUUGUGACAAUACAAAUACAUUGCCAGAGGCUUCGGGUACAACAUUAGGAGAUUUGGAUUUUGAAAGUUUGAAAGUUGGGAGUACCUUCCAACCAGAAGAAAGCGAAGAGAAUAUUGUUGAAGCCGAUGAAGUGAGAGAACCUGCCAGACAGAUAGAAAAAACUCAUCUUAGUCAAAAACAUCGUGAUGAAAUUUCAUGGAAAACCUUAGCAUCUUACAUUGAGGUUUGUUCUCAUGAAAAAUAUCCUCAGAGAGGAUUAAACGCUUUUAAUUUCCAUCGAGGCAGGGCAAAAAAAAAUCUAGAGAAAAGUUUGGUUCUUAUAAAGAAUAUUAAUGUGUUUAACGCAUUAUUGAAAGGUUUUGCAAGUAAAGGCGUUUUUCCUAAAAUCAGGGAAAUACUGAAAAUAAUGGAAGAAGAUGAGGUAGAAUUGAAUUUGCAGAGUUAUGUAGCAAUUUUCGAAUGUCUUGGUCGGAUCAGCAACGAUAACUGCUAUUUAAAAGACAUAAAAAAUUUUACCCAAAGUGCCCUAGCGAAAGGGAUAACUUUUGACAAAAUGAUGAACGAAGGGAUAUUUUUGAAUGAUGAAAGAGAAAUAGUUCUAAGAGCCAUGAGGAGUUACGACCAAAAUUACGUUCCGCAAUAUAGAACACUGAAUGUUUCUUAUAAAAACCAUUUACUUAACCAUUUGAACUGUGAUAUACAAUACAAUCCAGAGGAUGUAAAAUACAAGAAUGAUGGCCCCUUUAAACCUGAAGAUAUGGAAACAUCCAUCCACAAGCAAAUUGCGAUGGAGAGAGGUGGUUACGUUACAGUUAAAAGUAUCGAGUGUCGAGAUACGCCUUCAGAAGAAGUUCUGAGGUAUCGCCAGGUACUGGAUAACCAUUACGAAAUGUGGGCCGAAGCGGCACAGUCCGCUUUCAAUAGGGAUCUCGCAACUUUAACGGCCCACAGAAGCGCCCUAAACUUCGAACCUUACAUGAGAUGCAUUCCCUUAAAAGAUUAUAUCGACAUUAUCAUCGACGAAGCGAAGAAAAUUGCACAGGGCUCAGAGACUUACAGCCCGACAGUCAAUAUGCUCCACAGAGAUAUGGGGAGCAAGGUGUAUGCGAGGUACAAAAUAUUGCGGAAGCAGAAAACAGACGUGUUGAGUAAAAUCACUAAAAUACAUAGUCAGUACUGUAGGGAUUACGCUGCGAGUCACUCUAAUUUGGACGUUUUACCUACGCAAGAGGUGUAUAUGAAUCCUCGCCAAAAGUGGCAGUGGAUAGAGCACAGCCUUUACCAGGAAGGCCCCACGUUGUGGAUGGGCCAUCAGGAAUGGGUGCCGACCAUCCUACAAUUCAUCGGGAAGUUCUUAUAUCACAUCGUGAUGCACGAUUUGAAAAUAGAUGUUAAUUCUUUGAGAAACAACGACGAGCAUAAGAAUUACUUACCUGCAUUUUAUACGAUAUUCAGAACGCAGGGUAGGAUUACCAAAGAAGAAGUCAAACCCCACCCCGUUCUCUCAAAAUUGUAUCGAGCCUCUCUCCCAGAAACGUUACAUUUUCCCACAUACGAGCUACCGAUGAUCUGUCCGCCUGUUCCGUGGACCUCGACACACGUGGGGGGUUACCUGGUUUCGCCCUGUGAAGUUAUUCGACUGCCUACUCAAGCAAUGUCGCAGAAACAAAGGUUGGGUGAGGUGGGGCGACGGCAACUCUAUCCUAGUUUGGACUCUUUGAACCAGUUGGCCGCGGUACCUUGGAAGGUUAACCAGAGAGUGCUGGACGUAAUUUUACAGGUAUUCAACAGCGGUGGUUCAUCUAGUUUGGAUGUUCCAGAACCACCAUCCUCUCUCUCUCCUCCUGAAGCAGUAUUCGCUAAUAUGGACAAAGUUGAAAAAUAUCAGUUAUUCAGGCAGAAAUUGCAAUAUAAACGGAAGAAGGCGGAGAUGUACUCCCUCUGGUGCGACUGCUUGUAUAGGCUGUCGUUAGCGAAUCACUUUCGGAACGAUGUUUUUUGGCUGCCCCAUAACAUGGACUUCCGAGGCAGGGUCUAUCCUGUACCGCCUCAUUUGAACCACUUGGGUUCGGAUCUAGCCAGGUCUAUGUUAAUCUUCGCGGAACCUCGACCCUUGGGCCCUGAAGGCCUCGAUUGGCUGAAGAUCCAUCUGAUUAACUUGACCGGUCUGAAGAAACGUGACCCUAUCAGCGAACGGUUGAGAUUUGCCAACGACAAAAUCGACUUAAUCUUAGACUCCGCCGACAAGCCUCUGACUGGAAAGAAGUGGUGGAUGGAAUCGGACGAACCGUGGCAGACUCUAUCCUGCUGCAUGGAAAUCGCGGAUGUCGUCAGAUCUCCAAAUCCCGAAGAGUUCCUCUGUCAUUUGCCCAUCCACCAGGACGGGAGCUGCAACGGUCUCCAGCAUUACGCCGCUUUAGGAAGGGACAGCGCUGGUGCCCACAGCGUUAAUCUGACCCCGUCCGAGGUGCCGCAGGACGUGUAUAGUACGGUCGUGGCCUUGGUGGAAAAGAGGAGGGAGAAAGAUGCUGAAAAUGGUGUCGAGAUUGCCAAAAUUCUCGAAGGUUUUGUUAAGAGGAAAGUCAUCAAACAAACCAUAAUGACGACAGUGUAUGGGGUGACUAGGUUCGGGGCUCGAUUACAGAUCGCUAAGCAACUGAAGGAUAUAGACGAUUUUCCCAAGGAGUCUGUGUGGGCAGCAUCAUCCUACUUAACAGGACGCACCUUUGAAUCUCUGAGGUCCAUGUUCACCUCAACCAGGGAAAUCCAGGACUGGUUCACGGAAUGCGCAAGACUGAUAUCCGCCGUGGGAUGCCAACACGUGGAAUGGGUCACACCGCUUGGCCUGCCUAUCGUACAGCCUUACUUUAAGUAUAAGAAAUUGAGCAUGCCGAACAUGUACAGCUCUUAUCCGAUUGAUAAAUACGAGAGGCCGAACGUGAUGAAGCAGAAAAACGCCUUCCCUCCGAAUUUCAUCCACUCCUUGGAUUCCAGCCAUAUGAUGCUCACGUCCCUGCACUGCGAGAGAGCAGGCAUUACUUUUGUGUCCGUUCACGACUGCUAUUGGACGCAUCCGUCUACUGUACAUAUUAUGAACAAGAUUUGCAGGGAACAAUUCGUGGCCCUGCAUUCUGAGCCCAUCCUGGAGGACUUGUCUGAAUUUCUGUGUGAAAAAUUCAGUUAUAGCGAAAGAGAUUUCACUGGAGAUGGAUCUGUGCUUGACCUGACUAAAAAGAAAUUAAAUAGGGUGUUGCAACAGUUACCAAAAACGGGCAGUUUUGACAUUAAACAGGUUUUAGAUUCUGUUUACUUCUUUAGUUGAUUGCUUUUAAUAUGUUUUAAAAAAUAAAGUUUUUUUAAAUGUUA